UGUUUCUCCUUGGAUAUGUGUAAAAGCAGAUGGCACCUCGGUGCUACGACAUCAAGGCGUUUGGCAGAUAGGAAGGUGAUGAAGUUCGAGAAGAACAUAAGCAAGAGAGGUGCAUCGGCUGAAACAAAAAAGAAAGGCAGUUCAUAUCCCGUGGGCCCUAUUGUGCUUGGAUUCUUCAUUUUUGUCAUUGUUGGAUCAUCUCUGUUUCAGAUUAUUCGAACUGCGACAAGCCGGGGAUGGUUCGAUUGAUGGUUUGAAGUAAGCCAGCUCACAGUGAGGUUAGUGUAUUAUAUAUGUGGAAUGUUGUAACAUAUAUAGGUCUCCUCUGCUCAAUUUGUCACUCUCAAAUGAAACAUGAAAACCUGUUGUAACUUAUCUUUUUUCUUGAAUCAUAAAACAGUUUAUAAUAUUACGCUACGCCUGUGAA